GCUUGCACCUCCCUAAAAAUAACUCGGCCCGCCGGGGCCAGCGCGAACCGCGAUCGUUCCUGAGCGCAGCCGGCCAGUCCGCCGAGUCCGACCCACGGGCAGCGAGCGGCUCGCGAGGAGGAGGGCAGCUCCGGGCUGCACGGACCCUUCGUGCUGUCUGCGCCCGGGCCCCGCGCCUGGGCUGGUUUGCCUCGGGCAGUGGCGCUCCUGGGCCGGCAGGCCGGCGAGUGUGUGGAGCGGUCCCGGUGCGCCCCGCAGGGGGAGAUGGCGUCUUACGUGGAUAAUAGCUUCCGCCAAGCGGUGAUGAAGAACCCCGCCGAGAGGACCCCCCAGGACCUGGAAAUCGUGUAUUCCUAUUUACAUGGUAUGGAAGCCUUAUCAAACCUGAGGGAACACCAGCUAAGGCUAAUGUGUGAAACUGUGAGAUACGAAAGACACGAAGCAAAUGAAGUUCUGUACUAUCCCGAUGAUAUUGGCACCUGCUGGUACAUACUCCUUUCUGGUUCCGUGUUCAUUAAGGAGUCCAUGUUUCUUCCAAGGAGCAGUUUUGGCAAGCGUUCUGCAGGAAGCUUUAGGCGUGGCUGUGAGUGCAUUGUGUUAGAGCCUUCUGAAAUGAUUGUGGUGGACUAUAUGGAUGAAAAUGAAGAAUAUUUCCAGCGUCAAGCCUCCCACAGACAAUCUCGAAGAAGAUUUAGAAAAAUCAACCAGAAAGGUGAAAGACAAACAAUUAUUGACACAGUGGACCCUUACCCUGUGGGCAAGCCGCCUUUACCUAGAGGCUAUCAUACGGAAUGCACUAAAUCCCAGCUCCCUGCAGACUUCACAAAACUACACCUCACUGACAGCCUCCACCCACAGGUGACCCACGUUUCCUCCAGCCAUUCAGGAUGUAGCAUCACCAGUGACUCCGGAAGCAGCAGCCUUUCUGAUAUUUACCAGGCCACGGAGAGUGAGGCUGGUGACAUGGACCUGAGUGGACUGCCAGAGACGGCAGUUGAUUCUGAGGAUGAUGACGAUGAGGAAGACAUCGAGAGGGCAUCAGACCCUCUGAUGAGCAGGGAUAUCGUGAGGGACUGCCUGGAGAAGGACCCGGUAGAUAGGACUGAUGAUGACAUCGAACAACUUCUGGAGUUUAUGCACCAGCUGCCUGCCUUUGCCAACAUGACGAUGUCAGUGAGACGGGAGCUCUGUGCCGUGAUGGUGUUCGCAGUGGUGGAAAGAGCUGGAACCAUUGUGUUAAAUGACGGAGAAGAGCUGGAUUCCUGGUCAGUGAUUCUCAAUGGUUCUGUGGAAGUGACAUAUCCAGACGGGAAAGCAGAAAUACUGUGCAUGGGAAACAGUUUUGGUGUCUCGCCCACCAUGGACAAAGAAUACAUGAAAGGAGUGAUGAGGACGAAGGUGGAUGACUGCCAGUUUGUCUGCAUCGCCCAGCAAGAUUACUGCCGUAUUUUGAAUCAAGUAGAAAAAAACAUGCAAAAAGUUGAGGAAGAAGGGGAGAUCGUCAUGGUGAAGGAGCACCGAGAACUUGAUCGCACUGGAACCAGGAAGGGCCACAUUGUCAUCAAGGGCACCUCAGAGAGGUUGACAAUGCAUUUGGUGGAAGAGCAUUCCGUAGUGGACCCAACAUUCAUAGAAGACUUCCUGUUGACAUACCGGACUUUCCUUUCCAGCCCGAUGGAAGUGGGCAAGAAGUUAUUGGAGUGGUUCAAUGACCCGAGCCUCAGGGAUAAGGUGACACGGGUAGUAUUACUGUGGGUGAAUAAUCACUUCAAUGACUUUGAAGGAGACCCUGCAAUGACUCGAUUUCUAGAAGAAUUUGAAAAUAAUCUGGAAAGAGAGAAAAUGGGUGGCCAUCUAAGGCUGUUAAACAUUGCGUGUGCAGCCAAAGCAAAACGAAGAUUGAUGACACUAACAAAGCCAUCCCGGGAAGCCCCUCUGCCCUUCAUCUUACUGGGAGGCUCUGAAAAGGGCUUUGGCAUCUUUGUGGAUAGCGUUGAUUCAAGUAGCAAAGCUACCGAGGCAGGCUUGAAGCGUGGGGAUCAGAUAUUAGAAGUAAAUGGCCAAAACUUUGAAAACAUCCAGCUUUCAAAGGCAAUGGAAAUUCUUAGAAAUAACACACACCUGUCCAUCACUGUGAAAACCAACUUAUUUGUAUUUAAAGAACUUCUGACAAGAUUGUCUGAAGAGAAAAGAAACGGUGCCCCCCACCUUCCUAAAAUCGGAGACAUCAAGAAGGCCAGUCGCUACUCCAUACCAGAUCUUGCCGUGGACGUGGAACAGGUCAUAGGGCUCGAGAAGGUCAACAAGAAGAGUAAAGCCAACACCGUGGGAGGAAGAAACAAGUUAAAGAAAAUACUCGACAAGACUCGGAUCAGCAUCUUACCUCAAAAACCAUACAAUGAUAUUGGGAUUGGUCAGUCUCAAGAUGAUAGCAUUGUAGGACUGAGGCAGACCAAGCACAUCCCGGCUGCCUUGCCCGUCAGUGGAACGCUGUCUUCAAGUAACCCUGACUUGCUGCAGUCCCACCACCGGAUUCUGGAUUUCAGCACUACCCCCGACUUGCCAGAUCAGGUCCUAAGAGUUUUCAAGGCUGACCAGCAAAGCCGAUACAUCAUGAUCAGUAAGGACACCACAGCCAAGGAAGUGGUCAUCCAGGCCAUCAGAGAGUUCGCUGUUACUGCCACUCCAGACCAGUAUUCCCUGUGUGAGGUCUCCGUCACUCCAGAGGGAGUUAUCAAACAACGACGACUCCCAGAUCAGCUCUCCAAGCUUGCUGACAGAAUACAGCUGAGUGGAAGAUACUACCUGAAGAACAACAUGGAAACCGAAACGCUCUGCUCGGAUGAAGAUGCCCAGGAGCUGUUGCGUGAGAGCCAGAUCUCGCUACUUCAGCUCAGCACUGUGGAGGUCGCCACGCAGCUCUCCAUGAGGAACUUUGAACUCUUCCGCAACAUCGAGCCUACUGAAUACAUCGAUGAUUUGUUCAGACUCAAAUCAAAAACCAGCUGUGCCAACCUGAAGAAGUUUGAGGAAGUCAUUAACCAGGAAACUUUUUGGGUAGCUUCUGAAAUCCUGCGAGAGACAAACCAGCUGAAGAGAAUGAAGAUCAUUAAGCAUUUCAUCAAGAUUGCCCUGCACUGUAGGGAAUGCAAGAAUUUUAACUCCAUGUUUGCAAUCAUCAGCGGCCUAAACCUAGCACCAGUGGCAAGACUGCGAACCACGUGGGAAAAACUCCCCAAUAAAUAUGAGAAGCUAUUCCAGGACCUACAAGACCUGUUUGAUCCUUCCAGAAACAUGGCAAAGUACCGCAACGUCCUGAGCGGCCAGAACUUACAACCUCCUGUCAUCCCCCUGUUCCCAGUCAUCAAGAAGGACCUCACCUUCCUCCAUGAGGGAAAUGACUCAAAAGUAGAUGGACUGGUCAACUUCGAGAAGCUAAGGAUGAUUGCGAAAGAAAUCCGGCACGUUGGCCGUAUGGCCUCAGUCAACAUGGACCCUGCCCUUAUGUUCAGGACUCGGAAGAAGAAGUGGCGGAGUCUGGGGUCGCUGAGUCAAGGCAGUGCUAAUGCCACAGUACUGGAUGUUGCUCAGACAGGUGGGCAUAAAAAGCGGGUACGCCGUAGUUCCUUCCUCAAUGCCAAAAAGCUGUACGAAGAUGCCCAGAUGGCUCGGAAAGUGAAACAGUACCUGUCCAACCUGGAGCUGGAGAUGGACGAGGAGAGCCUUCAGACACUGUCUCUGCAGUGUGAGCCAGCAACCAGCACAUUGCCCAAGAAUCCUGGAGACAAAAAGCCUGUCAAAUCUGAGACUUCCCCAGUGGCUCCACGUGCUGGCCCACAGCAGAAAGUGCAGCCUCAGCAGCCGCUGCCACAGCCACCACCGCCACAUAAAGUCAGCCAGGGACUGCAGGUGCCCGCCGUGUCCCUCUACCCUUCACGAAAGAAGGUGCCAGUGAAGGAUCUGCCACCUUUUGGCAUAAACUCUCCACAAGCUUUAAAGAAAAUCCUGUCGUUGUCUGAAGAAGGGAGUCUGGAGCGUCACAGGAAGCAAACAGAAGACACAAUAUCAAAUGCAUCUUCGCAGCUGUCAUCACCCCCCACCUCGCCCCAGAGCUCUCCAAGGAAAGGUUAUACAUUGGCUCCCAGUGGCACUGUGGAUAAUUUUUCAGAUUCUGGCCACAGUGAAAUUUCUUCACGAUCCAGUAUUGUCAGCAAUUCUUCUUUUGACUCAGUGCCAGUCUCUCUACAUGAUGAACGGCGCCAGAGGCAUUCUGUCAGCAUUGUGGAGACCAACCUAGGUGUGGGCAGAAUGGAGCGGCGGACCCUGAUUGAGCCUGAUCAAUACAGCUUAGGGUCAUAUGCCCCAGUGUCUGAGAGCCGAGGCCUGUACGCCACAGCGACCGUCAUCUCUUCUCCUAGCACAGAAGAGCUUUCUCAUGACCAAGGGGACCGUGCUUCCCUCGAUGCUGCUGACAGUGGUCGUGGGAGCUGGACCUCAUGUUCAAGUGGUUCCCAUGACAACAUACAGACCAUCCAGCACCAGAGAAGCUGGGAAACACUGCCGUUUGGGCAUACUCACUUUGACUAUUCAGGGGAUGCUGCAGCUCUAUGGGCCUCUGGUGGCCAUAUGGACCAAAUUAUGUUUUCUGAUCAUAGCACAAAAUAUAAUAGACAGAAUCAAAGUAGAGAGAGCCUUGAACAAGCCCAGUCCCGGGCAAGCUGGGCAUCUUCCACGGGCUACUGGGGAGAAGACUCAGAAGGUGACACAGGCACCAUCAAGCGAAGAGGUGGCAAGGACGUGUCCAUUGAGGCAGAAAGCAGCAGCACGGUGCCUGUCACUGCAGAGGAAGCUAAGCCUGUCCCCAUGCCUGCCCACAUAGCUGUGACGCCCAGCACUGCGAAGGGGCUCAUUGCACGAAAGGAAGGCAGGUACCGGGAGCCGCCUCCCACACCUCCAGGGUACGUGGGCAUCCCCAUCGCUGAUUUCCCCGAAGGGCCCUGCCACCCAGCCAGGAAACCUCCGGACUACAACGUGGCCCUUCAGCGGUCCCGCAUGGUGGCACGGCCCACAGAGGCCCCAGCCCCAGGGCAGACGCCGCCCCCUGCAGCUAGCAGGCCUGGCAGCAAGCCGCAGUGGCACAAGCCCAGCGACUCAGACCCGCGCCUCGCACCCUUCCAGCCACAGGGCUUUGCUGGAACAGAGGAGGACGAAGAUGAGCAAGUAUCUGCUGUUUGAGGCACAGGCUUCCUGAUCCAGAGUGAGCCACCCAAAGGAGAGCACAAGAAGACGUCCCGAGCAUUGGAGCCUGAGGAUGGUGGACCAGUUUGCCUCCUUCCCUGCCUUAAAGCAGCAUGGGGCUUCUUCUCCCCUUCUUCCUUUCCCCUUUGCAUGUGAAAUACUGUGAAGAAAUUGCCCUGGCACUUUGCAGACUUGUUGCUUGAAAUGCACAGCCCAGCAGUCUCCUAGCUGCUGCCUGCCACAUCACGCAGUAUCAUUCCAAUUUCCAAGAUCGUCACAAGGUGAUUCCCUCUGGCUGCACUUCUCCAUGCCUGGAAGGAGUUUUCAAUCUUCCUCUUAGAUUUCAAUCCAGUCCUAGCCCUCGAUCUCAUUUGCAAGAUGAGAGAAUUGCUAGCCUUUGAACUACUUGGGGUCCUGAACCCACCAAGGAAGACAAAGACAGAUAUGAAAUCCUUUGAGUACAGUGCUUGUCCACUUGUUUACAAUAUCCUUUAAAAA